UGGAAUCAUAUCUGAUCUUUUUCCUGGAGUCCAAAUUCCAGAACAUGAUUAUGGUAUUUUGCAGUCAACAAUUGUGGAUGUCAUGAAUGGACAAAAUCUUCAGCCUGAGAUGUGUAUGGUUAAAAAAGUGAUACAGUUCUAUGAAACUAUGCUUGUGAGGCAUGGUGUUAUGUUAGUUGGGCCAACAGGAGGUGGCAAGACUACAGUUUACCAAGUGCUAGCAGAAACUUUAGGGAAUUUACAGAAACUUGACACAGGCAAUCCCUUUUAUCAAGCAGUUAAAACCUAUGUUCUCAAUCCUAAGUCUAUCACAAUGGGUGAAUUAUAUGGUGAAGUUAAUAACAUAACCUUGGAAUGGAAAGAUGGUUUGAUGGCUCUAAGUGUCCGAGCAGCUGUAAAUGAUACUUCAGAAGACCAUAAAUGGAUCAUCAGUGAUGGGCCAGUGGAUGCUCUUUGGAUUGAAAAUAUGAAUACAGUGUUGGAUGAUAACAAGAUGCUUUGCUUGGCUAACAGUGAAAGGAUUAAACUCACACCUCAAAUUCACAUGCUUUUUGAGGUGCAAGAUCUAAGGGUUGCCUCCCCUGCAACUGUCAGUCGAUGUGGAAUGGUGUUUGUGGAUCCUGAAGAACUAAAAUGGAUGCCUUAUGUUAAAACAUGGAUGACAAGUAUUUCUAAAAAAAUAAAUGAAGAAACCCAAGAAUACAUAUUAAACCUUUUCCAACGCUAUGUGGAUGAAGGGUUACAUUUUAUCAAUAAAAAGUGCAGCCAAGCAAUCCCACAAGUGGACAUCAGCAAAGUUACUACACUCUGUUACUUAUUGGAGUCUUUACUGCUUGGCAAAGAUGGAGUUAACUUGGCAAUGGAGCAAAUGAAACUGAACACUUUGAUAUGUCAGACUUUUGUGUUCUGUUAUUUAUGGUCUUUGGGUGGAAACUUAACUGAAAACUAUUGGGAUUCUUUUGAUACAUUUAUUAGAACACAAUUCGAUGAUAAUCCAGAUGCCAGGCUUCCCAGUUCUGGUGAUCUGUGGAGCAUUCACGUGGACUUUGACACCAAACGGAUGGAUCCCUGGGAGCGGAUCAUACCUACCUUUAAGUACAGCCAGGAUGUUCCAUUUUUUGAAAUGCUUGUCCCCACAACUGACACAGUCCGCUAUGGAUACCUAAUGGAAAAACUGUUGGCAGUCAGGCAUUCAGUGUUGUUUACAGGAAUAACUGGAGUUGGCAAGUCUGUUAUUGCAAAAGGAUUGCUAAAUAGAAUCCAAGAAUCAGCUGGCUAUAUCCCUGUUUAUCUAAAUUUUUCUGCCCAAACAUCAUCUGCAAGGACACAAGAGAUCAUUGAGUCAAAACUGGAAAGAAAAAGAAAAAAUAUUCUAGGAGCUCCACGAAACAAAAGAGUUGUGAUUUUUGUUGAUGAUUUAAACAUGCCCCGACUAGAUCACUAUGGCUCUCAGCCUCCAAUUGAAUUACUUCGGCAGUAUCAAGAUUUUGGUGGAUUUUAUGACAGAAACAAACUCUUUUGGAAAGAUAUACAGGACGUAACAAUCGUAUCGGCAUGUGCACCUCCAGGAGGUGGCCGCAACCCUGUGACCCCCCGCUUCAUCCGGCAUUUCAGCAUGCUUUGCCUCCCAAUGCCCUCAGAGCAUAGUCUAAAACAGAUUUUUCAGGCCAUCUUAAAUGGCUUCCUGACUGACUUCCCACCAGCUGUAAAGCAAACUGCAUCAAACAUUGUAGAAGCUUCAGUUGAGAUUUAUAACCGAAUGAGUAUUGAUCUCCUGCCAACACCCGCCAAGUCCCAUUAUGUCUUUAACUUGAGGGAUUUAUCCAAAUGUGUGCAAGGUAUCCUUCAGUGUGAUCCAGGAACAAUAAGAGAAGAAAUUCAGAUAUUUAGACUCUUUUGCCAUGAGUGUCAAAGAGUCUUCCAUGAUCGUUUGAUUAAUAAUGAAGAUAAGCACUACUUCCAUGUUAUUUUGACAGAAAUGGCCAACAAACACUUUGGAAUUGCAAUUGACCUGGAAUAUUUUUUUAAAAAGCCUAUCAUAUUUGGAGAUUUCAUUAAGUUUGGAGCAGAUAAGUCUGAUCGGGUUUAUGAGGAUUUGCCCAAUACAGAGAAAAUUGCAAAUGUUCUACAGGACUAUCUUGAUGAUUAUAACCUCAUAAAUCCUAAAGAAGUAAAGUUGGUGUUCUUCCAGGAUGCCAUAGAACAUGUCUCAAGGAUCGCCCGGAUGAUACGUCAGGAAAGAGGCAAUGCCCUGCUGGUUGGAGUAGGAGGCACAGGAAAGCAGUCUCUCACAAGACUGGCAGCUCAUAUAUGUGGCUACAAAUGUUUGCAGAUCGAGCUUAGCCGGGGGUAUAAUUACGAUACUUUUCAUGAAGACCUGAGGAAGUUGUACAAAAUGGCUGGUGUAGAUGACAAAAAUAUGGUCUUCCUUUUCACCGACACCCAGAUCGUAGUAGAAGAGUUCCUAGAAGAUAUAAAUAACAUCCUGAAUUCGGGUGAAGUGCCUAAUUUAUUUGAAAAGGAUGAACUGGAGCAGGUUUUAGCAGCCACCAGACCAAAAGCAAAAGAAGUUGGAAUUUCUGAAGGGAACAGAGAUGAGGUGUUUCAAUACUUUAUCAGCAGAGUCCGACAGAAGCUGCACAUUGUUCUCUGCAUGAGCCCAGUUGGGGAGGCUUUUCGUUCCCGAUGCCGGAUGUUUCCAUCCCUUGUCAACUGUUGCACCAUUGACUGGUUUGUCCAGUGGCCCAAAGAAGCACUGCUUUCUGUGUCAAGGACAUUUUUCUCAACUGUCGACACUGGAAAUGAUGAAUUGAAAGAAAAGCUUUCUCUCAUGUGCGUGAAAGUUCACUUGAGUGUCUCCCAAAUAGCAGAGCGCUAUUAUGCAGAGCUCCGCAGGCGGUACUACACAACACCCACCUCCUACCUGGAGCUCAUCAAUCUUUACCUGUCUAUGCUGGAUGAAAAAAGGAAGCAGUUAGUUUCAGCACGAGAUCGGGUGAAGAAUGGUCUCACCAAACUAUUAGAAACAAACGUGUUAGUAGAUAAAAUGAAAUUAGAUCUUUCAGCUUUAGAACCUGUGCUGUUAGCAAAAUCACAAGACGUUGAAGCCAUAAUGGAAAAAUUGGCAGUGGAUCAACAAAGUGCAGAUCAGGUCCGUAGUGUUGUACAAGAAGACGAAGCGACAGCAAAAGUGAAAGCUGAAGAAACCCAAGCAAUAGCUGACGAUGCUCAAAGAGAUCUUGAAGAAGCACUACCUGCCCUUGAAGCUGCUAAUAAAGCCCUGGAUUCCUUGGAUAAGGCAGAUAUAUCUGAAAUCAGAGUGUUUACAAAGCCCCCAGAUUUGGUCAUGACUGUAAUGGAAGCAAUCUCCAUUCUCUUGAAUGCCAAGCCUGAUUGGCCAACGGCAAAGCAACUUCUUGGGGACUCUAACUUUCUAAGAAGGCUUUUAGAAUAUGAUAAGGAAAACAUAAAGCCUCAGAUAUUGGCAAAGCUUCAAAAGUAUAUUAAUAAUCCUGAUUUUCUGCCUGAAAAAGUAGAGAAAGUGUCCAAAGCAUGUAAAUCCAUGUGCAUGUGGGUAAGAGCGAUGGAUUUGUACUCUCGGGUAGUCAAGGAAGUUGAACCAAAGAGACAAAAACUCCGUGCUGCACAGGCUGAACUUGAUAUUACACUGGCUACCCUGAAAGAAAAACAAGCAUUACUAAGACAAGUGGAAAAUCAAAUACAGGCUUUACAAGAUGAAUAUGACAGAAGUGUGAAUGAAAAAGAAAGUUUAGCAAAGAAUAUGGCCUUGACAAAUGCACGCCUCAUUCGUGCUGGUAAACUGACAGCUGCAUUAGGAGAUGAGCAGGUUCGAUGGGAAGAAAGCAUACAGAAAUCUGAGGAAGAGAUAGCCAACAUCAUCGGGAAUGUAUUCAUAGGAGCAGCUUGUGUGGCUUAUUAUGGGGCUUUCACAGCCCAGUACAGGCAAUCGCUUAUAGAGUGCUGGAUCGCGUACUGCCAGUCUCUGGAGAUCCCAAUUGAUCCUUCCUUCAGUCUCAUUAACAUUCUUGGAGAUCCCUAUGAAAUAAGGCAGUGGAAUGCUGACGGGCUGCCCCGUGACACGAUUUCAACAGAAAAUGGCAUUUUGGUUACUCAGGGGAGACGGUGGCCUUUGAUGAUUGAUCCCCAAGAUCAGGCAAAUCGUUGGAUAAGAAACAAGGAAAGCAAAAAUGGUUUAAAAAUCAUUAAGCUUACAGAUUCUAAUUUCUUGCGACUACUUGAAAAUUCCAUCCGACUUGGUUUACCUGUCUUACUGGAAGAGCUCAAAGAAACCUUGGAUCCAGCUCUGGAACCCAUUCUUUUGAAACAAAUAUUCAUCAGUGGUGGACGAUUACUCAUUCGCCUUGGAGACUCAGACAUUGAUUAUGACAAGAACUUUAGGUUCUAUAUGACAUCUAAAAUGCCGAAUCCCCACUAUCUGCCUGAGGUAUGCAUUAAAGUUACCAUCAUCAAUUUUACUGUAACCAAGUCAGGCCUGGAGGACCAGCUGUUAAGUGAUGUAGUACGACUUGAAAAACCUGAGUUGGAAGAGCAAAGAAUCAAACUCAUUGUAAGGAUCAACACUGAUAAAAACCAGUUGAAAAGUAUUGAAGAGAAAAUCCUGAGAAUGCUUUUUCAAUCUGAAGGAAAUAUUCUGGACAAUGAAGAACUUAUUGAUACUCUCCAGGAGUCAAAGAUUACUUCCAGUGCCAUUAAAAGAAGGCUGAAAGAAGCAGAGUCUACUGAGCUGAUGAUCAACGUGGCUCGUGAGAAAUAUCGCCCAGUAGCCACUCAAGGCUCCGUGAUGUACUUUGUCAUUGCAAGCCUCUCAGAAAUAGAUCCUAUGUAUCAGUACUCACUAAAAUAUUUUAAGCAGUUGUUCAAUACAACAAUUGAAACUUCAACGAAGACAGAUAAUCUGCAGCAACGCCUAGACAUACUCCUCGAACAAACUCUCCUCACUGCAUAUAUCAAUGUUUCCAGGGGACUCUUUGAACAGCACAAACUCAUCUACAGCUUUAUGCUCUGUGUUGAGAUCAUGCGUCAGCAAGACACUCUCACUGACGCUGAGUGGAAUUUCUUUCUCCGAGGUUCCGCAGGAUUGGAAAAGGAGCGCCCUCCUAAGCCAGAAGCUCCCUGGUUACUUCCUGCCAUGUGGUUUGCAUGCUGUGACUUAGAAGAAUCAUUUCCAUUUUUUCAAGGUCUUACCAGAGAUAUACUGUUACAUCCCAUUUGUAUACACUUAGGAUCUUUUGAGACUUACAUUAAUCCACAGACAUGGGAAGGCUAUUCUAUACUGAAAGAGCAAGAUGAAAAGGAGACUGCACACCAGGAUUAUUGGAAUUCAGGAUUAAGUUCUUUCCAUAAAUUAAUUCUCAUUAAAUGUUGUAAAGAAGAAAAGGUAGGUUUUUUUUAA